UGCACCAAGGAGCCCAAAGCCCUAUUCUGGCUUCCUGGACACCUAUACACAUGCACUAACAUUAAACCUAUUGGAAAAAAUGUUUUGUAAUGUUUUUACGUUUAUAGAUCCGAUUGAGUGAUUGUCUAGGUGAACUCUGUGUAAGAUAAAGAUGCUUUGCAACACCAAAAGUUUGACAUGCAUGUUUGCUGACGCAAGGAGGCGUGGUUUCCGAGGGGAGGUGUGGUCUUCCACGUCUUCCAAACAGGUAAACACUGGGCAGGCUGGGGACAUUGGCCUAGAGACGAUCCUUAACGGUGGAAUUACCCCAAUCUUAUGUGGCAGGCACGUCACACAUUUACGAGUCUGCCAAAGAGCCUCCCCCAAGCAGGGUGACCUCUUCGGUCAAAUUCUCACAUUUGUCGUCAUCGGCCCUGUGCAAAUCAGAACCUUUGCACGAAUGUCACAACACCGGGGAACACAUUCGCGGAAGAGAUGAGUAACUUGCCCAAAGACACUCAAGAAGUGCCAGGGCUAUAAUUCCGACCUGGGUCUCCAUUAACGUGUGGCAUCGUGCGCUUUCCAAGACCCCACAAACUGUGAGCUUCUAAGGAAAAAGCGGCUGUGUAUGACCUCAGGCAGACACGGGUGUCCUUGUGGAGUGCGGUGACAAAGAGCUCUGCACCAAGCUUUGAGAACACUGAGCCUUCACGCACGCGCUAUCUACAUCCUUGGGUCUCCAGAAACUCGACAGGCCCCACGCUGGCUGUUUAUGGCACAGCGAGGCCACCGUACAGCCUCGGCUCACAGUGAGGGGACUGGUGGCACCCCACACCCGGUGACGGGCGUGACAGAGUCGCUAUCGGGCCCGAGGCAGCACAGGGCAGCCCCAGCGGCCGCCACCCUCGGAGCAAGGCGGGGUCCUGACCACGUGAUCCGACGCCGCUGCUUCUUCCCACCCCUGCCUGGGUCGGGCCUGGUCUGCGCGGGCGCGGGCUCGCUCGCUCGCCGGCCGUCCUGCGGGCGGGCGCCCGCGGCCGUGGGAAAUGCAGCUGUCAGUAUUGACUCCAGAAGAGAGAAGGUUAACAAUGGAGGACGUUGGGAAGGUUACCAGAAAGCUGUCGUCAUCAGUGCCAGGCUCGGUCCAUGUCACAGGUUAAAACGUUUCCCCAGAGAAGAAAGACCGUAAGCACCAUGAUGGACUCAGAAGCGCAUGAUAAGAGGCCCCCAAUGUUGACCUCUUCAAACCAGGAUCUGUCUCCUCAUAUUGCAGACGUGGGUGAGAUAAAGCAUUACUUCUGUGGCUGCUGUGCAGCGUUCAACAACGUGGCCAUCACCUACCCCGUUCAGAAGAUCCUUUUUCGGCAGCAGCUGUACGGCCUCAAAACUCGGGAUGCGAUACUCCAGCUGAGGAGGGAUGGGUUUCGAAACUUGUAUCGUGGGAUCCUCCCCCCGCUGAUGCAGAAGACAACCACGCUGGCGCUUAUGUUUGGUCUGUAUGAGGACCUGUCACGCCUGCUCCGCAAGCACGUGAGCAGUGCUCCCGAGUUUGCCACCAGAAGUGUGGCGGCGCUGCUUGCCGGGACAACAGAAGCCAUUCUCACUCCGUUCGAAAGGGUUCAGACUUUGCUUCAGGACCACAAGCAUCACGAUAAGUUCACAAACACUUACCAGGCCUUCCGGGCCCUGAGAUGCCACGGAAUUGCAGAGUAUUACCGAGGCUUGGUGCCUAUCCUUUUCCGAAAUGGAUUCAGCAAUAUCCUUUUUUUUGGCCUUCGAGGGCCCAUUAAAGAGCAUCUGCCUACUGCCACCACGAAUAGUGAGCAUUUGGUCAAUGACUUUAUCUGUGGAGGUGUGCUGGGUGCCAUGCUGGGCUUCCUGAGCUUCCCAAUUAAUGUUGUGAAGGCUCGGAUCCAGUCUCAGAUUGGCGGGCCGUUCCAGUCUUUCCCCAUGGUUUUCAAGACGAUCUGGCUCGAGCGGGACAGGAAGCUGAUCAAUCUCUUCAGAGGCGCCCAUCUCAAUUACCAUCGCUCUCUCAUCUCCUGGGGAAUAAUCAAUGCCACCUACGAGUUUUUGUUAAAGAUUGUAUGAUACGGUCACUACAGGAAAUGUUAUUCUCCACCAACUAGACCUAAAGAGAGUGCAAUUUGUCUUUGUUCCUAAUUGGCUUAAAUACCGGUUGGCGUAAGUCCAGGCCAUAAUAAGUUACAGACAAAGCAUUGACAGAAACAUAAAAGGUUUCAGUGGGCAGAUGUCAGGGUUUUGGUUUGAUCAUUACUCAAGAGCUUUAGGCUGUUACCUGGUAACUAGCCGUGUGUCUGAUGACCUUUUCAGGGCAGCUGUCAGCCAGAUAGAUUCCUUUUCCUCCCGGAAGCAAGCCUUGCUAGGCCUUCGGUGUGGAAACAGUGGCAUCAGCAGCCAGCGCGUGCGCUCUGUCCUAGGGCUUCUCAGGCCCACCUCUCACCUCCUUCAUUGCUUCUCCGCCCUCGGGGGUGAUCUUCACUAAACCCCAGCAUUGCACGGUGGGCGAGCAUCUUAGCUGUGUAAUUCCGUGAUGAAUUGUUGGAUUUGAGACUAAGUGCUGUUGCGAUGGCCAUUAGCCACACUUUUUAUUUAGCAGCCAAUGAAAGCUUCCAUUUCACUGUUUAGCUUUGAACAUUUUCUGUUUAAUUCAGAAUGUGACUUUUAAGCCCUUCUAGAAUGUUCUUGUACUUUUUUACUGAAUUCAUUGCCAAAAGAUAGGGUGACCAGUGGGGACAUUGUCCCUUGUGAGUAGUACCUGUCAUGUUUGUCUAUCCUGUUCUCUGGUACUAGACUUUAAAAUAAACACUUCCAUAAAGUUUUA